AGUAAACACAAAAAAUCGAGGGCAGUAGCACAGCAGCGGCCACGAGAUGAGAUCAUGUUGUCAGCAGUGUGCCUUCGGAGUUGAUUCUUCUGUUUGAGACGCUACAAAUCACCGAACACCACGAGACAAAGGUAAGAUGGAGACGGUGUGCUUCCGUUUACCUGGUCACGGGGACACCACCCUGAAGCACAUGAACUCCCUCAGGUGUCGCCAGCACUUCUGUGACAUCACCAUCAUGGCCAACAAUAACCAGACGUUUAAGGGACAUAAGGUUGUGCUUGCUGCGUGUUCUCCCUUCUUAAGGGACCAGUUCCUUCUUAACCCGUCACCAAAGCUUCAGGUUUCAAUGCUGUACAGCUCCUCAGUGGUGUGCGAUCUGCUUCAGUCGUGCUACACCGGCUUCCUGCAGUUUAGCUCUGAAGAAAUCGUCAGCUACCUGACCGCCGCCAGCUACUUUCAGAUGGAGCACAUUGUAGAACUUUGCCGAGGAGCCCUGGAGAAAUACGUGCAGCUGAAGAGCCGUAGUUCACAGAAGGUGAUGACAGGAGAGGAGGGCGCGAGCAGACAAGUGAUCAUCAGUGGGAGCAUUCAUUCUGUUGCAUCAUCUCCUCCCGCUCGACUGUCCCCCGUGCUCCUGCAGAGCCCUGCAGGCCAAUCGGCUGAGGGAAACGACUCCAGUAAAUCUGCCCAGGGCAGCAGUCUGCACCAUGACGACGGCCUGGACGACGCUUGCAUCAAGGUCAUCACGUCCGACGAGGAGGGAGAAUCCCGGCAGCAGGAUUUUGACGUUUACAGGGUUUACGUCUCAGAAGAAGAAAGGAUGAACAGAGACGCCGAGUACGACAAAACGGCGCCGUCUGACGUGCCUCAGGACGUUUGCUUCUCGGAGAAAGACGCCAUCGUCAUCGGCGGCGGCGGCUCAGAGUACGACCUCGCAGAAGACCUCAGCUCGGCCGCCUUUUCUGCCGAGAGCCUCCGUGCUUUUAGGCGCCGACUGACCGACUCUAAAAUUGGUCGAGGCAGAGGGAGGGGCAGGGGGCGGGGCUUGAAGCGGAGGAGGUGGAUGUCCUCUCAGGAGAAAAGGUCACCGAGCUUGAUUCCGCACCAGGACUUGUGGUACCUCACCGCAGCCGGGAUCGGGGGGUUCGGACUGGAUUACAGUCAGGAGGGGCUGAAGGCGGCCGAGAGUUACAUGUCGGUUGAAAUCCCCAGGUUGGACUUGAACAUGAGCGACGGCGGGGAAAAGGUCUCGCCUGCUGCGGACAACGGCCAGUACGCCCUGGAAGAGCCAAGCGCCGGCGAGGGGAGCUCUGGGCUGACUGCUGUUGGGACAAACGAGGGAGGGGACGAAUCUGUGGCGGUGGUGGGGUCCACGUCCAGCGUGGUGGGCCCCGUCAUCUGCGAACACUGCGGCAUGACCUUCCCUUCGGCCCAUUCCCUGGCCGUCCACUCCCGCGCCACCCACCUGCUGUACGCCUGCCCCUGCUGCGGGAAACACUUCCAACACUCCUCCAACCUGACCCGGCACAUGGCAGUCCACAGGGGGGGCAGCAAGACGCACCAGUGCCCCCUGUGCUACAAGACGUUCACGCAGAAGUCCACACUCAUCGACCACAUGAACCUCCACAGCGGCGAGCGGCCGCACCACUGCGCGUACUGCCACGCCCGCUUCGCCCACAAGCCCGCCCUGCGGCGCCACCUGAAGGAGCAGCACGGGAAAACCACGGGGCAGAACUCCCUGCACGAGCAGGAGGAGCGGGAAAGAGCAAUAGAGUCCGCCGGGAGAGCCCAGGAGGAGGACUGCCUGGUGGCGGACCAGGUGUCGUAAAACACCAAAACAUCUCCAGCCUUCGGUGGGUUUAGCAGCAACUGUGAUGCCUUUCCAAUUUGAACUGCCAAGAUUAAUGUCCCCGUUUUUAGAAAGUGUGGAUUCAAAGCCUUAUUAGGAUUUUACAUAAAUGCAAAUCAAUUCUGACGGGGGCUGAAGUCAGGAGCUGUGAAAAUGGGGCAACAGCAGAAACCACAAAGCCAAAGCAGGUAAAUACUAUCAAUCUGUCGUUUGUUGAAGUCUGCAACUCCAAUCUUUUAUUUGAUUUUUAGGUCCAGAAAUGUGUUAGCAGUUUUUUUUCUCGUUUUUUUUAUGUGACUCAGAAAAGUACGGUUGAUGUACAGCAAACCUCCGUUUCAUCCCAGCAUUUGUAAUGUAAAUGUAUAGAUAUACAUCCAUGCCGCUACACUGGUGUUUCCUAAGAAAACUGUUUAGACACAUUCCACUCAGACUGAGUUCAAAGCUUUUAAUAAAAAGGUGGGAAAUAUGUGGGUGAGUUUGGCAUCGGGGAAAACUAAAACGCUGGUGGCGCGUCAGCCGGACCAACGGUGCAACUCGUUGACUGGAAACGAGAAUGGACUGGGUGUGGCGUCACGCUUAGGAAACGCUUUGCUCCCCGCUCAGUCGCCAUGUCUGCACCAAACGUCGCCGGGAAGCAGUGAUGGGUCCAAGAGUCUGCGUUUCUAUGGCAACCACUUUCAAUCAGGAGUGAACUUGUUGGAAGGCCACAGGCAACCUGUUAAACUCUUUGAAUGCUAAACAUGGGGGCCAGAAGGCUCCACCUACUUUUAUUGAGGCAUCUGAUUGGUCAGUUUAUAACUUGAACAACAGGAAAAAUGAUCAGACUCAAGAACGGUUCUUCUGACCAAUAAAACGACUAACAGCU